AUGAGAUCAAGCAUUGUGAGAAAGCCGUUAAGUCUAACGGCGACACUACUCCGCCGUUACCGUUUCUCAAGUCCGCCGUCGUUUCCAUCUUCGCGCUUCUCUUCCUCUUCAGCUCCGAUAGGCUCCGCCGCAGCGGACAGCUCGGCGGCGACUCGGUGCAGCGGGUUGACUCGGUUGGCGUCGCUGGUGGAGGGCUGCGACUACGAGCACUGGCUUGUGGUUAUGGAGCCUCCUAAGGGCUACCCUCUUCGCGAUGAGAUCAUCAAUGGCUACAUCCAAACCCUAGCCACGGCCCUCGGAAGUGCAGAGAAGGCAAGGAAGUCAAUUUACUCUGUUUCUACAAAGUACUACUACGCAUUUGGCUGCAAAGUCCCAGAGAAAUUGACUUUUAAGAUCAAAUCUCUGCCCAAUGUGAAAUGGGUUCUACCAGAUUCUUACUUGUGUCAUGGUGAAAAUGACUAUGGAGGAGAACCUUUGGUUGAUGGGGGGGUUGUUCCAUAUGAUGAAAAAUAUCAUGCAGACUGGGUGUGCGACGAAAAUGACAGAACAGUUAAGUCUUGA